GAAGAUAGCCGAACGAUGAGAUCUUGACAGGCUGUUUGUGAAGUGACAGCAUAUUCUUUGUAGACAAAAGAACUGCUUAAAGACGUCAUUUUAAAGACUAUAGUAAUCCUGCGAUGUCUUUGAAGAAGGAGACUCCGUCUGACCAGCAGCUCCACCUGGCUGCGCUCCAGGGAAACUUUGACCUCCUUAAACGUGUAUUGGACAGUGGAAAAGUUCAUGUUGACUGUAAAGACAAGGAAGGAACUACCCCUCUUAUACUUGCUGCUGCCAAUAAUCAUCUAGAUUGUGUAAAAGAAUUAUUGAAACAAGGUGGAGAUCCAGCAGCAAGGAGACUGACAGGAACGUGUGCUUUGUUUUUUGCUGCCCAGGGUGGAUUCCUUGAUAUUGUAAAAGUAUUGUUAGACAGUGGUGCACCAGUGGACAUCGCCAGUUAUGAUGGAGGGACAGCCUUGUUUGUGUCGUGCCAGUGUAACCACCAGGACGUUGUGGACGAGUUGUUGGCCCGAGGCGCUGAUAUCCACUGCCAGAUGGUAGACGGAGCCACACCUUUGUUUAUUACAGCACAAAACGGACAUCUUAAACUCCUCAAAUAUCUUAUCAGCAAGGGCGCUGAUGUAAAUGUGAAACGACAGGAUCAAGCGACACCUCUUUGGAUUGCAUCACAGAUGGGCCAUGUGCCGGUGGUGAGGGAACUACUGCUGGCCAAUGCAGAGGUGGAUGCUGUGAGAGAGGAUGGAGCCACACCUCUGUUUAAAGCCUGCCACAAAGGUCACCUAGAGGUCACUGAACAGCUCCUGCGAUACAAACCCAUCCUAGGACUAUUACAGAAUGGGGAGACCCCACUUCAUGCUGCUGCCUUGUUCGGUCAUAUGAAAGUCAUCAAGCUUCUUCUCUCAUACGAUGUAGAUACACAAAUCAAAAAUAAGGAAGGUAAAACUGCCGUGGAGCUAGCCAGAGAAGCAGGUUAUGACUACAUUGCCAAGUUUGUAGAGAGUUAUGUGAGGAGUAGUACUCCUAACGGCUCCACGUCCUCGUCCUGAUGUAGACAUGACCAUCUGAGAAAUUCUACGCAUCUGUGAUCUGAGUGUUGUUAGACCAGUUGGUUUUUUUCCUGCUAUUGGCAAACUUUUACAGGGGCUGCUUCAAUUCAUUUCAUCUACGACACAGGUUUAAUAGGGGGAUCCAAAAAGUCCUGUAUUUCUCUCAAAUCUCAAAUUAGAUUAAGGUUCCUUUUAGGAUCUUUGGGUAUUUGAAUAUAAUUAUUGUUAAAUUUUUUGAAAUAAUGUCACUUACAAAUGAUUUGAGAUUUUUCUUUUAUCAUAAAUUGUAUGUAAUAGUAUUGUCCUUUUUCAGGGCAUAUUAAUAUGACAAGUUCCAAGUCAUAUUCAAUUUCAUCUUAAUUGAUCAAUUACAUUAUAAUUUCACACCUAUUACCUCAGUAAGGAUUGAAUAUGGACAUUGCCUCUGUCAUAUCUACAACAACUAGCCAAAGAAACACCAAUAAUAUAACUGUGCUGCUCAGAUUUAUGUAUGAAACCAUUAUCAUGAUUUAAUGAAACAAAAGUCACUCUUUUAAUGCAAUUUGAAAGUUGAUUUCAAUGAUUUUACUUCGGAUAUAUUUGUUUUGUUUAGUUUCAAACAUUUUGAGAAGGAUAACUUAAACGUUUUUAAAUUUUGAAAAGAAACGUAUAUAAAUUCAUAUUGAAAAUACCAAAUGGUUUGAGAUGAGUUUGAUAUAUGAAGUUGUGUCUUGAUCGUUAAUGAGUUCUCUACAGUGUACAGACAUGUACAGAUUGAUGAGGUUAACGAAACAAAAAAAAAAACCUGUGUCAUGCAGUUGUAUCAGUACAUAGUUGUUACAUGUAGUUGUAUAUGAUUGUCUCCAAACAGCCGUUUGUUUUUAUGGUUGUCCCCACGUGUCUUAUUAAGAAAACAAAAGAAUGCAUUAUUGAGAUAUUGUAACUGCAAAGUUUAUUUGCUAUGUUUAAUGAUUGUUGAACUGUCAAACAAUUGUAUGAUUUUAAAAUGUGCACAUUAAGUUUGAUUAUAAGAAUACUCAUUUUGCACCGAUAUUAAUUCCCCAUGAAUUAUUUAAUUCGCUGUUAAUGUUGAUUGGUGUUUAAUUGUUUUUUCGUUGUUUUUUUUCUUUCUAAAUCAUGACUUCAAAAGUCUGUCUCUUCAUUGUAAAACUCUUACAUUUUCUAUAAAAGCAUUAUAGUUAAUUCCUCAUUUUAUAACAAUGUACUACUUCACAAAUAAUUCUUUUACUUAAAUUCAUAAAAGAUGAAUAAUAUCGAGGAGGUUUUUUAAACAUAGAAAAUGCAUUGCAUGAGCUUUCUGUAAGACUUUGGCAUCACAAAACUUCUGUCUUUUAAUUAUUCUUGAAAACAACUUUUAGAAUGACAGAAUUUCAUAUCGAGUAGAAUGUAGAUAUUCGGUGAUACAUUCUUAUGGAGAAAAAGUUAAAAAAGAAAAGAAAAAAGUUAUAACCUGAUGGAUGUAUUGAUUCUUAGUUUUACUUUUUUCGCAGACUUCCAAUAGCGAGUACAUAUAAGGUCAAGUCGUACUAUAACAAAAACUUCCACUAAAUUGUGUAAACUUACACUAAAUUGUUACUAUAAUAAAGUAUUACAAUGGAUAGUUUAACAGAAGGUGUAUUAGUAGGACUGUGUUUGUGUCCAUACUGGAACGUGGUAUAAACAAGAUAUACCCAUUGUGAUGACUUUGUAUGUAGCCAUGAUAUUUUUACUAUAUAGAUCUAAAUACCUUCUGUUGAUAAGCUAAAUCUGCUAUU